CUUCAAACGCGACUCGAAGCCGGUUUUUGCGAAAGUCAAAUCUUUUUUAUUCUAGUUGUGAUUUCGUGGAAAUUUCGAUUAUUAUUCAAAAUGCGUUUCGCUCUGUUUGCUUUUCUAGGUACAUAAAAACAACUCUUUCCAUUAGCAUCUAUAAAAAAUACAAAGGGUAUAGUUAGUUUAGGGAUCGAAAAUAAACAAAAUUAUAAAUACAAUUUUGGAUCAAACGAAGCAAUUUGUUGUAUGAUUGGAAAGUGCAAAAAUAAUUGGCUAUCCAUUAAGACCAAAAGCCCAAAUGAAUGAUCUCACGGACAGAAUUAUAUUCCGAUCUACAAAAAUAUAAUUUGCUCCGAACGGUGAUGCAAUUAAAUUAAAUAAAGUACUAAUACAUAUUUAUCUAGUUUUCAUUUAAACAAACAUAAUUGAGCGGGCUUAAGAAUUUUAACAUGACCAAACUUAUUUAGCACUGUGCUUGCUGGCAUUCGUCCUGGCUACUCCGGCCAAGGACACCAAGAAGCCGGCCACCAACAGUUGCCAGCACAACUGCGGUGAAGUCUACGAGCCCGUUUGUGCCAAGGCCAAAAACAGCAGCAAGGAGCGCCUCCUCACCUUUGGCAGCCCGUGCGUCAUGGCCAACUACAACUGCCAGCAUGCCGACGAUCCAUUCGAGCAGAAGUCCAAGGGCGAGUGCGGCGGUGGAGUGAGCGUUCGCCUGUCCUAGAAGUCCAAUUUCAACACUUUUGACGAUUAAACAUCUUUCACUGAUUGUGCAAUAAU